UUUGUAUCCGUCCUGUUUAUUGGAAAUACUAAAUAUCAAUAAAAAUUAAAAAAAAAAAUGUCCUCGGUUAGGUUUAUGUUUAUUCUAAUAAUUCUUUACUAUUUCCAAGCAAUCGCAGGUGGUUUUGAGAAACCUUUAUCAUGGAAGGAAGCAAGAAGCGAAUGCAAGACAAAGAACAAAAUUUUGUCCCCUUUGAAGUCAGUCCAACGAAAUUUGGAAAGUCACUUCAGGUCUAGUCGAUCUGUAUGGACAUCAAAUUAUGGUCUUAAUUUAGGAUGCAAUAGUAGUACAGGUUCUUGUGAAAGUUUAUACAUUGAACAAAUUCCGAAGAGCGAACAUUAUGAAGGAUUGUGUCAGAAUGAUUACUCAGCCACCGGAAUUCAAACACAUUUUCAAAUUGGAUCUAACAAUACCUUUGAAGGAACAUGCAGAACAGGUAUUCCCGUUGACGUAAUCAAUAUGUUGACACUUAGUCGUGCAAUCAAAGAAAUGGAAGUCAAUACAAAGUACUGGAUAAAUUCUACGAAUAUUGCUACUGACAGUUUUGUAUUGCACUGUAUGCUGUAUACCAAAUAUCCAAAUAGAACGGAAAAUUAUGAACAGCUGACCAAAACUGAUUGUGGACAAAAAUAUCCAUUUAUAUGUUCAGAAGGUGAAAGUUAUGGCACAGUUAUUUCUAAAAUAACAUUUCGAAAUAGUGAUGACCAUACAACAAAAGCACCGAUAACAUUUCAAAAUAGUACUGACGUUACAACACAAGCACCGUUGAAAACAAAUCAGUCUGGAGUCAACUCUUUCGACGGAGGAAUUGCAUGGAAAGUUACUGCUAUUACCUUGUCAGUGGGAGUGUUGUUGAUUGGACUAGUUGUGAUCUGCCUGAUUUAUAGGGGCAAACUGUCAUUUGGUAAUUAGUCAGAGAUGCAGCAACAAACAACGAAUCUUGGAAAGUGGUAUCAACGACACACCAUAAUAACAUUAAUGAGAAAAACGCAGAAAUACUUGUUUCACUGUAUUUUGAAUGAUGAUGAUGUUUGGUUUUCUAUCCUGAAAAGAUGAUUUUGUUCAAGUUUUAUGUUUUUUGCACAAAAUAAAAGUCUUAAUGUUCUCA